AUUAUAAUUUAGAAUUAUCGCCAGAUAUCGACCUGUAGCAUCCUAUAUAAAUCGUAAUUUCCACUAGAUUUCUCAAGUUGUAUCGGGACAAUCAUACAACAAUGUUCACCAAAAGUAUUCUGGCUGUCGUUCUCCUCCUCCAGGUCUGCUGGGCCAUACCCACCAACCUGGAGCCCCGUAUCACCGAUGGUGUUGCAGCCUCCCGUGGUGAAUUCAAAUACCAAGUUUCCAUUCAAUGGGGAAUGCCACCAUUAACUCAAUACAGCCACUCCUGCGGUGGUUCCAUCCUGAACGAAAAGUACAUCUUGACUGCUGGCCACUGCAUCAUGACAUUUGGAAAAAGUAGGGUUGUCGCUGGCAAAUACGAAUUGAACAAGGCUGAAUCCAGUCAACAAAUCGUGGAGAUUGCUAGAAGCAUAGUCCACAGUGGAUACAAAGGUGGCGUUGCGCAACACGAUAUCGCUCUGUUGGAACUGGCAACGCCCUUGAAACUGAACAACCUUGUCCAACCAAUCACCCUGCCCAAACAAGGAGAGAAACAAACUGGACAAGCUGUCCUUUCUGGAUGGGGAUCAAUCUCUAAGACCAGCAGACCCUCUAUGCCUAACGUUCUUCAGAAGGCUGUCGUACCCAUCCUCGAUAACAAUGACUGUUACAAACAACUCACCUCUGGAUCUGUCAUUGGACAAAAACCUGAACUGUUCGACACCCAGGUCUGCUCUGGAAUUGCUGGCAAAGAAGUAUCUGCUUGCUCUGGUGACUCUGGUGGUCCACUCGCCCAAAAGGUUAAUGGCAAGUCUGUACAAGUUGGUAUCGUUUCAUGGGGUAUGAUGCCAUGUGGAUCUAGCCACAUGCCCUCCGUCUACACCCGUGUUGCCUCCUACGUCGAUUGGAUCCACUCUCACAUGAAACAGCAGUAUAUAUUCUCUUGCCAGAAUACACCACAGCAAAUCAUCGAAAUGUCUCUCAAAGUGAUCAUUCUCGUUACCCUGCUUGCAGCGACCGUCAAUUCAAAGGCCUACCGUGGCUUUACCGUACCAUUGUUCGAUAGCCGCAUAGUCGGAGGAAAUGAAGCUACCCCUGGACAAUAUCCAUGGCAAGUCUCUUUGCAAUGGGGAUGGCUGUUUGGCUACUCCCACUUUUGCGGAGGAGCUAUCCUGAAUAAUCAAUGGAUCGUCACGGCUGGACACUGUGUUCUGGCUGUUCCAACCUAUGGUGAUUUUAUCGUGAAAGCUGGAAAACACAAUUUGAAGAAAACAGAAAGCACCGAACAAAGCAUCCAAGUCGUGAAGACGUUUGUACACGAAAAAUAUACGGGAGAUGUAGCUCCAUAUGACAUCGCAUUGUUGAAACUGGCAUCGCCUCUGAAACUAAACAACGCGGUUAAAGCGAUUACUCUGACAAGGUCGAACUCAUUAUCGGGGAAAGCGGUCUUGACAGGUUGGGGAUCAACAUCUAGGACCUCUACUCCAAACAUGCCUGACAAACUUCAAACUGCCGAGUUGCCGAUCAUCGAUCUGCAAACUUGCAAAAGUUCCAUAGAGAAACUCACUGGUCCAUCUCCUUUACACGAGACAAAUAUUUGCACUGGACCGCUCACUGGCGGUUUUUCAGCGUGUAAUGGCGACUCUGGCGGUCCAUUGAUCCUCAACGGUAGCAAACCUGAACUCAUUGGAAUCGUUUCUUGGGGAAUUGUUCCAUGUGGAACGGUGGGUGCAGCAUCGGUAUAUACCAAGGUGUAUUCCUUCGUCAAUUGGAUCGAAAAUAUCAUAUCUAAGAACUAAGGAACAGAUGUACCAAGGGGUCAUAAUAUAAAUAUUUGUACAUUAUAUUGUAUACACGUGUGUAGGAUAGGAUAGUAUGUGUAUUUAAGAACUAAAUAAUACAUAAAUCUACAAAUAUGUGAAAGAAUAUAUAGGUGUAAGAAAUGUAAAAAUGAAAGUAAUUCGAUAGGGAAGAUUAAUUGAUUCGUACAAUAAAAUCGAGAAAACUGUGUUGCACCUA